UGGGUCAAGUCAUCGUUUUAGUUAAAAAAGGACACUCCUUUGGGUCAAGUCAUCGUUUUAGUUAAAAAAGGACACUCCUUUGGGUUAUAUAGAGCCCUUUCUGACAUCAGGCAAUGUUUGUGAAGUCAUGUACUCUGCAUGCUGCUAACAUGGCUGGCCAGGUAUGUAUCCACUUUCUUUACAUUUAUAUAGCAGACACUUUUGUCCAGUGAGAAAGUUGAAAGUGACAUCACUCUGAUUUAUACAGAGAUGUGCAGAAUUGAAGUGAUUAUGCCGUACAGAGUUUUAGUACAAGACCUUGCCAUUGCGCUCAUAGUUGCCUUAGAUUUAAACUCCACACUUCAGUCCAUGCCUCACCAGCACUCCACUGCUGAUCUUCAAUAAAUUCCAACACAACAUCAACUAAUGUGCUUUUGCCUUCUGCUAUGCACUGUGGUAUUCAGACUUCGGCAACAGUACUAAAAAGCUGGCUGGGAGCUGCUUCACAUUCAUAUCUUGCUCACAAUGAUGUGAACAAGCCAGCCCUGUUAAAACCGACCAGAGCUUUGUCUUCCACUGGGGGUGGGUCUUGCACUGAGAUUGUACUGUUUUGGUACAGCACUGACCCUCUCUCUUUAAACUUGUGGAUCAUCUAUCAGAGAUAACAUCACUGUAUUAUGUGUGGGUCCAGAACCAGUAUCAAAUUCAGACUUAUUAGCAAUGGCUUGUUCCUCCAAUAUGCCUGAGCAACAUCUGUUGCCCCUGGCAGUUCACUGUAAAGGGAGCAUAUCACAAUAAGUGCAUGCAUGCCAUAGACACAAAAGAGCAGCCCCAUGCAUACAGGCGGUUAUUCCUGUCAGCCCACUAGAGACGCCCAUUCAAAUACACGAACAAUAGGCUACACGUCCCUUCAUGGCCUUAGUGGCAAUACAGUGCAGCACCAAGCAAGUACUUGCUUGCAGAGAGUCAUGCAAAUCGCACUGAAAGGACGGUGCUCUUAUAAGAAUGAGACUUACUCAGUAAGUGUGACAUGGUGACAUUGGGUUUGGUGGCCCUGUCACUGUCCUUAAUUCCCUUUGUCUGUGGUGCAAGACCUACAUGCCAAGUUUUCCAUGUCCCAAGUCUCAUUGUGGAUGGAUCACAUCCCUCUGAAGAACAAGCAAACAGCAUGACUGCAUGUAACCGGUUUCAGUGAAUACACCAUUUAACACCGAGAGAAUUAAACAUUCAAUUGCUGUAUCAUGUCCAGCCUAGCAAAUUCAAAUCCAAUUAAUACUAAAUUAUCGUAGCAUAUCUUUUAUUCUCACAUAUUUGAAAAGAAAGGUUUGAUUCUAUUUGUGUAAAAUUUCUGUAUAAUUUAAAAAACUAAAACUAAGAAAGUCACACCUAUGCUUAUACAGUGUGUAUAAGUUACAAUCAAAUACAGUUUACAGACUUCAAAGCAAAUAUCAUGUUGACGUCUCACCUGGGCAAAGCGAGCCAUGUUUGCACUGCUGCUGGGCCAUCAGCUGCCCUUAGAAUGACAUCACAGCCGUGCGGAGUCAGCCUGUGCCUCUUCUGCCUGAGGUCACCUGUGCUGCAUUUCCUGCAUGAGAUAAGAGCGCGCUGUGCAGGGCUGCAGGUCAACAGCUCAGGCGGAGCAGCUCGGGCAGAGCGGAGUGGGAGCCGCGGAGUGGGAGUCGCGGCGUGGGAGUCGGCAGUGAGGUACACAGACAUGCCAGAGGAGGCAAAAGGCACCCAGCUGGGUUUGGUCCAGCAACAAGACUUGUGCAGAAAAUGUGGGAAGACGAUGACUCAGGGGCCAAAAGCAGUGCCGGGGUGCCGCUGCUUCUCUCUGCUGCAUGAAGGAAUGGAGAAGAUGGAGCUUAGCCAGAGGAAAGGCGAGCUGCAGGAUAGCAGGCGCUUGGCUGCAGGACACGUGGGAGACAUAGACUUCACAGGCUCCAAUAAAACACGGGGGAAGUUUGUGCGGGUACGCUGCUCCACGGACCCUGCUCUCAUCUAUCAGCUACUCACGGAGCAGUGGGGGCUGGCCCCUCCCCACCUCGUGGUGUCCCUGGUAGGGGGGGAUGAACUGGCACAGAUGAAGCCUUGGUUGAGGGACACCGUCAGGAAGGGGCUGGUGAAAGCCACCCAGACCACAGGUGCUUGGAUCCUCACCAAUGGCCUGAGAUUUGGCAUCACCAAGCAUUUAGGACAGGCAGUGCGAGACCACUCCCUCGCCAGUACCUCCUCAAAGGUCCAGGUGGUAGCCAUUGGCAUUGCCCCCUGGACCAUGAUCCAUAACAGAGAUCUGUUGCUCUCCAACAAGCCUGACCAACCAGCGGCGUACCCAACAGAAGACCUGCCUCAUGGAACGGUGUAUUGCCUAGACUGCCACCAUUCCCAUUUUGUCCUGGUGGAGGAAGACUUGCAGACACCAGGCAGUACAAGUGAGAUGAUGGUCAAACUGCUAACUUACAUCUCCCAACAACGCACUGGAUAUGGGGGGACUGGAAGCUUUGAGAUUCCAGUGUUGUGCUUACUGGUGCAUGGUGAACCAAAGAUCCUCCAGCGGAUGUACAAGGGAAUCUUGAACUCAACGCCCUGGCUGAUCUUGGCAGGCUCGGGGGGCGUGGCAGACAUCCUAGUGACACUAAUAAACAAAGGAUUCUGGGACACAGAGACCGUGGAGGAGUUACUGCUAGACACCUUCAACACAGGCUUGGAAACCUCAGACAUGUCUGAUUGGAUCAGGCUGAUUCAGAAGAUUGUCGAACAUGGACACUUGUUGACAGUACAUGAUCCAGAACAGGAAUGCUCUGAUCUUGACACCGUCAUCCUUAAGGCAUUAGUUAAGGCUUGCAAAGCUCAAAGCCAGGAGGCACAGGACUACUUAGAUGAGCUGAAGUUAGCAGUUGCCUGGAAUAGGGUGGACAUUGCAAAGAGCGAGAUCUUCAAUGGUGAUGUGGAGUGGAGGGCAUGUGACCUGGAGGAAGUUAUGAUGGAUGCUCUAGUUAACGACAAGCCAGAUUUUGUGAAACUCUUCGUUGACAAUGGGGUGAACCUUGGGGAGUUUCUCACCUAUGGCCGGCUGCAGGAGCUGUACUGCUCAAUAUCAGAGAAGAGUCUGCUGUACUUUCUGCUGAAAAAGCACCAAGAGAAGCAGCUCCUGCUGGCUACAGCACGCACCCCUGGACCAGCGCACAGUGAGCCAGGGGAGCGGCAACCGCGAUUCACAUUGCACGAGGUCUCCAAGGUGCUGAAGGAUUUCCUCCAUGACUCCUGCAAGGGCUUCUACCAAAAGUUACCCACUGAAAAGGGGAGCAAGAGCUUGCUUUCUCAUGGACCUAAGAACCUCCCUGACCUGGAGAAGCACUGUGAGCAUCCUUGGAGGGAUCUGUUCCUGUGGGCUGUGCUGCAGAACCGGCAGCAGAUGGCCUACUACUUCUGGGCCAUGGGCCCAGAGGCAGUUGCAGCAGCAUUGGCUGGCUGUAAAAUCCUGAAGGAAAUGACCCACCUGGAGUCAGAAGCUGAGUCAGCACGCAGCAUGAAGGAAGCGAAGUACGAGCAGUAUGCACUCGACCUAUUCAGCGAGUGCUACUCCAACAGUGAGGACCGGGCGUACGCACUCCUGGUGAGGAAGACAUGCUCCUGGAGCAAAUCUACGGUUCUAAAUCUGGCCACCGAGGCAGAUGCUAAGUGCUUCUUUGCCCAUGACGGCGUCCAGGCUCUGUUGACGAAGAUCUGGUGGGGUGCCAUGGCCACUGACACUGCCAUUUCCAAGCUGGUCCUGUCUUUCUUCUUCCAGCCUCUUAUCUGGACGAACCUCAUUAAAUUCAGUGAGGAGGAGCUGGACAGCAGCCACAAGGGAGAGCAGUUUGCAGAGCUGGACAGUCUGGAGACUGAGAAGGCCCUCCUACUGACAGAAGAUGAUCACAUGGAGUCCGGUGCGGCCGAUCCAUUAGCACCCCUGAGCACCAGUGCGGUCUGGACCCAGUUCCUACUCCGCCGUUGGCGGCGCUUCUGGAGUGCCCCCGUAACCGUCUUCUUGGGCAACGUCCUCAUGUACUUCGCCUUCCUCAUCCUCUUCACCUACGUCCUCCUCCUUAACUUCCACCCCCCACCCCCAUAUGGCCCUUCCAUGGCAGAAAUUGUCCUGUACUUCUGGGUCUUUACGCUGGUGCUGGAGGAGUUGCGGCAGAGCUUCUUCACUGAUGAGGACACCAACAUCCUUAAAAAAUUCAAACUCUAUGUGGAGGACAAUUGGAACAAAUGUGAUAUGGUGGCCAUCUCCCUCUUUGUGGUGGGUGUAUCCUGCAGAAUGGUGGAGAGUGUGUAUGAGGCGGGGCGGACAGUGCUGGCCUUGGACUUCAUGGUCUUCACUCUCCGACUCAUACAUAUCUUUGCGAUCCACAAGCAGCUGGGGCCCAAGAUCAUUAUUGUGGAGAGAAUGAUGAAGGAUGUCUUCUUCUUCCUGUUCUUCCUGAGCGUCUGGCUAAUUGCUUAUGGCGUAGCCACCCAAGCACUGCUGCACCCCAAUGACCCCCGACUGGACUGGGUCUUCCGUAGGGCGCUGUAUCGGCCCUACCUGCAUAUCUUCGGACAGAUCCCUCUAGAGGAGAUUGAUGCGGCACGAAUGCCUGAGACAAACUGCACGACUGACCAGGAGGAGAUCAUUCUGGGCAAGCUUCCACCGUGUCCUAACAUCUACGCCAACUGGCUGGUCAUUCUUCUGCUGGUCAUCUUCCUGCUGGUCACCAAUGUGCUCCUGAUGAACUUGCUUAUUGCCAUGUUUAGUUACACCUUUCAGGUAGUUCAAGGAAAUACUGACAUUUUCUGGAAGUUUCAACGUUACAACUUGAUUGUGGAGUACCACAGCAGACCAGCUCUGGCCCCGCCCUUUAUCAUCAUCAGCCACUGCUCCCAGUUACUGCUUAGCCUUGUGAAGAAGACCGAAUCAAAACAGGAACCUCUUGAAAGAGAGCUAUCACCUGGACUGGACCAGAAGCUGAUGAUCUGGGAGAGUGUACAAAAAGAGAACUACCUUGCAAAUCUGGAAAGUCAACAGCGGGAUAGCAGUGAAGAGAGACUCAGGAACACCUCUUCAAAGAUGCAAACCCUAUUGAAGAUUGUUGGAGGGUACAAGGAACAGGAAAAGCGCCUGUCAUCUGUGGAAGCUGAGGUGAAAUACUGCUCUGAUGUGCUCUCCUGGAUGGCAGACUGCUUUGCUAAAAGCACACUGAAGUGUGACAGGGAGGCUCCCAUAGCCCCCGGGACCUGGGGAAACAACCCCAGACACCGCGGCCCAGAUGGGAACACAGACAGUAGCCAGUCCAGGUCUGAUGCUAAAAAGGAAAUGCAGUACAUUGAUGAGUAACAGCAUCUCACUCGUAGCCCUCUUGAAUUCACAUUAACUGUAAGAACGAAGCAUUCCACAGCGCCUCCCAUCGUGCCUUUCAUGCCUGUGAAGCGCACGACUGAAAUGUGCUUGCAAGAUGGGGCUUGAAUUUGUAUGUAUUGCGUUGUCGCCCCCUGUUGGUAGUGGCCCCUACAAGAAGAGACCGGAGGAUGAUGGCCUCUUGACAGCAGUGCACUCUGUCCAGUUUCUUUCUUUCUUUCUUUCUUUCUUUCUUUCUUUCUUUCUUUCUUUCUUUCUUUCUAUCAGAUAUAGGCACUACAUUUCCUGUAUAGGUACAUCUUUCAACUGCAACAAUAUAUGAAUUGUUUUUAUUUUUAUUGUUUUAAUUGUCAUUAAUAUAGAUUCGCUUAUUUAUUCAGCAUGCCAUUUUGUCUGUUUUAAUAUUAGAUAUGCAUUAAAUAAAUGAAGUUUAAAAUCA